CCAAGGUAUAUUGUAGAACUCCGACGCCAUCACUCUUACGUUAUCUGGUGCUUGCUCAACCCCAGGUUCCAGCCUAACAACGAUCAGAUUUGAAAUCCGAGUGUCAUGUAGUAUGAUGAUAGAACGAACUCACACGGGGAGACAAACUGGAAAGCCGCUAGGUGUAGGGCUGUAAGGCUCUAUGGUACCCGGCUACUCGAAUGAGACCACAUUUCAAACGGUCGGGAGCCUCCAGGGUAACGCAAGUGAACACGCCCGCAAGCGGACUUGUCUUGCAAAAAAGGAAAUCUCGAUUGGUUGGUGUGAUGCAUCCUUGUCACAGUCAAGGUAUAGCAACAUCAUAUAACAUUGUCAACCUUCGCAACACACCAAGAGACAGUCGCAACAUCAAAAUAUUAACACCUCCGGCCCCCACUGCAAGCUCACUGCACACUCAAUUUUUAACAAGCUGUAUACAGUCAUUAGAGAUGACUAGCACCAUUUUUGAAAAACGCGGAAGGGCAGCGAGCCGAGACAUGACUUCGAGCCCACCAAGCUUGCGAAGCUCGAAUAGUUCCCACAACAGUGAAGCAACACGAAGAAGAGUCAAGCAUGUCAUCGACUGUUGCCGGCGCCGUAUUGAACGCUUUACGAACGCGUCUCGUUCAGAAGUAUAUGGAGAUGGAGAAAGCGUGGAUUCAUCCUCCUGCUUUGAACUACGUCGACCAAAGCUGUAUAGCCUCCCUUCGCAGACGUACCCCAGGCGAGCGCCAACAUCUCGACCCCGACCCCUGUGUACAAUAAAUUCGAAGCAGGCGAGCUACCUUUUCUACAUGGACGCAGAUAACCGCCCAUUCAUAACCACGCCACCGUAUUUGGACGAACAAGAGACACACCACGGGCACAUUUCAGCCCUCGUCACUCCAGUCUCAGAGUGAUUUCACCACUCUCUCAUCGUCUGCUUAGUCGCGCUAUCUAGGUACCCGGGCAGAUUGAGCUCUGAACAUCUUACAGAGAUGGGCUUUCGAGAAUGAAUUAUCUUGCACGAAGAAACGAAGCGUUGUGUUGUUUAGCAGUAACAAAGGGCACAUAAGCAUAGAAAAUAGAAGCCGCUUUCUAGUAUAGUCUGCCAAUCUGACAGUUUUGGUCUAUUCGAACGCAG